GAAGGAGCCUGCGCUGGUGCUGUACGCACCAACACCUCAGCAACUCCUGGUGUCCCCAGCUCUGCUGCGCAACCAGCUUCAGUCCCCGGUUACAAAUGUAUGCCAAAAAAACCCCUGGGGAGUGGGCUAGUGCAAUGCAGGGACCGCUGGCUUGUCUGCCUUCUGGCCAGGAGCCUCCUGUUCCUCACUCUGUGCACUACAGAGAGGGAGUGACACAGAGAUGUUCAGCAACAGGAAAAUGCCCGUGCAACUCUACGUCAUGACUGCAAGGAACACGGACAAAGGCGUAUUUCAAAGGUACAUGGAAAACUGUUGCAAUUCCUGAAACUUCGUCUCUUCACUGAGACCGUCAUCUUCUCUCCACCUGAGCUAUCUACCUGCAACUCAUAUUGAUUCAAGCGCUUUUUCUUCGGCGAGGAGGAAGAACAUGGCAUAUCCACCGAGGCCACAACAGCUGAUGCUGUCUGAGAUAAACUACUAGUUUUUACUGUAGCAACUAAAGAAACUGAUGGCUUUCACCGUUUCAUGCAAACUGCAAAGCACUUCAACUACACAGUCAAGGUACUUGGAAAAGGUGAAGAGUGGAAAGGUGGUGAGCUGCCUAACUCUAUUGGCGGAGGGCAGAAAGUUCGACUGCUGAAAGAAGGCAUAGAAAGCUACGCUGAUCAAGAGGACUUGGUUAUAAUGUUUGUUGAAUGCUAUGAUGUUAUCUUUGCAGGGGGUCCUGAAGAAUUGCUAAAAAAAUUUCAGGAAACAAAUCAUAAAGUGGUGUUUGCAGCAGAUGGACUUAUUUGGCCAGAUAAAAGGCUAGCUGACAAGUACCCUGUUGUCCGGAGUGGAAAACGAUUCCUGAACUCAGGAGGAUUUAUUGGUUAUGCUCCAUAUAUAAAUCGUAUUGUGCAGCAAUGGAAUCUGCAGGAUAAUGAUGAUGACCAGCUGUUUUACACCAAAAUCUAUGUUGACCCAUUGGCAAGGGAACGCAUUAACAUUACUUUGGACCACAAAUGUACAAUUUUCCAGACCCUAAAUGGAGCUGUUGAUGAAGUCCUUUUGAAAUUUGAAGAAGGAAAAGUAAGAGCAAGGAAUUCAGUGUACGACACAUUACCGAUCACCGUUCAUGGAAAUGGUCCAACUAAAAUUCACUUGAAUUAUUUGGGAAACUAUAUCCCCAAUGCAUGGACACGGGAAACUGGUUGCAGUAUUUGUGAUUUAGACUUACUAGACCUGUCAACAGCAACGGAAUAUCCAAGAGUAAAAAUUGGUGUUUUCAUUGAACAACCCACUCCUUUCCUACCUAAAUUUUUAGACAGACUGUUGACUCUGGACUACCCAAAGGAGGCACUCAGUAUCUUCAUUCACAAUAAUGAGGUUUACCAUGAAAAGCACAUCAAGAAAUUCUGGGAAAAAGCCAAGAACAUUAUCAGAAGUAUAAAAAUUGUUGGACCUGAAGAAAAUCUGAGUCAAGCAGAAGCCCGGAACAUGGGAAUGGACCUUUGUCGCCAGGAUAAAGCAUGUGAAUAUUACUUCAGCAUAGAUGCAGAUGUUGUGCUGACAAACCCCAAAACGUUAAGAAUACUGAUAGAACAGAACAGAAAGAUAAUUGCUCCACUUGUAACUCGUCAUGGGAAGCUUUGGUCCAAUUUCUGGGGUGCUUUGAGCCCAGAUGGCUAUUAUGCUCGAUCAGAAGAUUAUGUUGAUAUCGUCCAAGGGAACCGAGUAGGAGUAUGGAAUAUUCCUUAUAUGGCUAAUAUAUACUUGAUUAAGGGACAAACUCUCAGAUUGGAGAUGAAAGAAAAGAACUACUUUAUGCGUGAUAAGUUGGAUCCUGAUAUGGCUCUCUGCAGGAACACCAGGGAAAUGACUUUACAAAGGGAAAAAGACUCCCCUUCUUCGGAAACAUUCCAUAUGCUCAGACCCCCAAAGGGUGUUUUCAUGUACAUUACCAACAGACAUGAAUUCGGAAGGCUUAUUUCUACGGCCAAUUACAACACUUCCCACUACAACAACGACCUCUGGCAGAUCUUUGAAAAUCCUGUGGACUGGAAGGAAACCUAUAUAAAUCCAAACUACUCAAAGAUCUUCACUGAUAAUAUAGUAGAACAGCCAUGUCCAGAUGUGUUUUGGUUUCCCAUAUUUUCUGACACCGCCUGUGAUGAAUUGGUAGAAGAAAUGGAACAUUUUGGACAAUGGUCUGGUGGAAGACACCAAGACAGCCGUAUUUCUGGAGGUUAUGAAAAUGUCCCAACUGAUGAUAUUCAUAUGAAGCAAAUUGGACUGGAUAAUGAAUGGCUGCAUUUCAUAAGAGAGUUCAUUGCACCAGUAACGCUAAAAGUGUUUGCUGGCUAUUAUACCAAGGGGUAUGCUUUAUUGAAUUUUGUUGUAAAAUAUAGCCCUGACAGACAACGAUCACUCAGACCUCAUCAUGACUCCUCUACAUUCACAAUCAACAUCGCUCUCAACAAAGUAGGAGAGGACUUUCAAGGAGGUGGAUGUAAAUUUCUUAGGUACAACUGCUCCAUUGAGUCUCCCAGGAAAGGAUGGAGUUUCAUGCACCCGGGAAGACUUACUCAUUUACAUGAAGGACUCCCUAUCUUGAAUGGCACAAGAUACAUUGCAGUAUCAUUUAUUGAUCCUUAAUUUUAUUUUUUUUUUAUUUUUUUGCCCUCUUCAGCAGUGUUUGAUUCUUUAUAUAAACAUUUAUUUAUAGAUUUCUUCUGGAAGAUGGUGACAAAAGAAACUUUAAGUUACUGUUCCUAGACAGCAAAGUUACUUUGGGCUAACAGAAUGAAAAAAAAGAAAAUGUUCUAAAAUUGUUGGAAGACUUCUCAAUAUCUGCUCUGAGCCUUGAGUCACAAAGUAAACAUGUCCUGCUUAUUUUUCCAUUCUGCUGUCUUAAAAAGUAGGUAAGGAGGGAAAAUGGAAAACCAUUUUAUAAUGAAUCCAUUUCUUUGUUGAAAAAACCCCAAACAACCCUAGAUACAAAAUCAUAUGAAAAGUUUAUUGUGGUUUUCACUCAGUAAAGUGACACAGCAAAAGUUGUUGUGGUGUGUGUAUAUUUGGUACCAAACAAUUGAAAACCACAGCAUAAAACCAAAAUCAAGUGAAUCUUGUACAGUUGUUGGGGAUGAGCAAUAAUUCUGUAUGCUAGUAUAUACUGAAGGGAAAACAUCUCAGUAACCUGUUUUCUUAAUUAAUUUUCAAUACUGAAAUGUACACCUUUAGAAGAAAAAAUAAAUUAAUUGUGGAGAUGGAGCAAGGAUUAAAUAAUUUAGCUAAGAAAAAAAUGGUUUAUCAUUUGUUUUAAAAACUCAUACUGUUGAAAAUUUACUUCUCUUCACCAAGUGACCUUCAUUUAAAAUGAGUUAUUUUUCUAAAUGUGUAAAUGUACCCAAUUGAUACUGGAAAUUCGAUGUUUAUUUUCAGAAAGCUGGUAAAUUUUCAUAAGAGGAUGUUUUAUAAAGACAGUUUUCUACUCUUACUUAAAAUUACUUGAAUUUUGUGUCAGGAAAAUGAAAUUGUGGCAGUCUCUUUUAAAACUAAGGGUCUUAACUUGCCUUUUAUUUUAAAGAAAUCAGUUUAAAAUAUUCCUACUGUAUCUACUGUUUGUAAUUUAAAGAAACUUGAAGCAAACUAUCUCAAAGUCUACCGUGCCAAAAUGCACAAUGUGUUGGAAAAACUUGUGAAAAAUAAAGGGUAAUUUUAAAUUAAUGUAAAAGCUUUUACUUGACUGCAUUAGGUAGUUUCUUUGCAUGUUGCCAUUGUUCUUACAGAAGUUAUAUUUAAUGAUGAAUAUUUUUAAAGUAAUUGUAGAUAUAUUUAAAUUGGAGGCUUCUCUAAGUGUCAGCUUUUGACUUAUUUCCUCUGUAACUAUUGAAAUUAUUUCUCACGUGAGUUGGUGCCUGGGUACAUUACCGGAAGCGCGUUGCCCUUUCAGAAUGACCCCAGCAGGAUGGUUGCUUCUUGUUUUCUGCACCAACCAUCCUUUUUUAUAUAGAGGCUUUUUGGUGAUCUAAACAGUAGUUCACUUUAUAUCUGCUAAUAAUUGAAGAAACUUUAUAUCACGUUUCCUAAACAGAAGCUUUAUUUGAAGCUGGAAGGAUUGGGAGAGGAGUUCAAAGGUUAUUCUGUUACGGAAAAUAAGCAAGUCUGCUAAUUUCCCUGUUCAGCAGUUUUGAGGAGUGGCUUGUAACUGUACUAAAGUUACGCUGAAGCAAAUACAUCAAAACAUAGUAACUUCAAUAAUGUACUAAAGUGGGCUGGCAUGAAAAGGAAUGGCUUUUCGCAGGAAGUUCUUUUGCUUUCUCUUCAUUUCUCUUUCUUUACGCUGUUAACUUUUCUCUGUUUCGGGCUAAUGUUUGGUGGUUGAUAUCCCCUGACUUUGUUUCCAGACAUGGAACACUUCUGCCAUAGUGAGCGUCUCUAUCUUAUGUAGCCCCUGCUUAGGCAAACUUUACAGAUCAGAAAAUCUUUGGGCCUUCAGAAUGAAAGCAGCCUUUGUUAAUCACCUUUUUCUGAGCAUUUGCCUGUGGUCUCUUAGACUAACUCAGAACAGAAUAAUAUUUUUACCACUGGAUCCCUUACAGACAGUAUACUGUUAUGAGGAGCUUUCUUGGAAAAAAACCCACAAAAAUACAGUCUUGUAACACACAGGGGAAGUUCUUUUGCAGAUUUUUUUUUUCAUAACUUGUAUUUUAAUUAUGUAUUUUAUAGUUCUGAGCCACAUUUAAUUUUUUUACUGUGUAUUUUUUCCCUCAACCUAUAUAUGAGGGCUUUACUUACUGUUAAAUUUCUACGUUUGCAACUAUUAAUUUACUCUGUCAUGUAGUGACAUGUAAUGCUAUGUUUACUGUGCUGCACAUUUAUUGGAAGGGAAAAACAUGUCUAGCGUGCUCACAUUGCUAAAAUUCUCUCUUGUUUUUUCUUUUGAUGAAGUAUUUGCAAAGGCUAACUACUACCUUUCAGGUGGAUGGCAACGUGUAUGGAAGUGUCCUCAUUAAUUUCUUGGGAACUGACAGAUACCAGAAAAAAUUUGCUCUUAACAGUUCACUUGAAUUAGUUCUGAAAGCUUUGCUGUACUGUUAGCAUGUGAGUACACGAGCAGAACAGAAUUGUCACUAUUAGGAAAUUAUUUUUAAUUGUAUUUCUUUUAAAAGCACUUAAAGACUCUCACAAAACAAACUUUGUGACUCCUAACGAAGUUUGUUUUGGGGCAUAGAAGAUACAUGCAUCAGGAGGAAAGCAGCAACCUUUAAUUCCAGCAGUGUAUGAGAAGCCUCAGGAGUGCAGGGACAUAAAGGUGCUCUGCAACAGAUGAGACAUUUGUAAAGUACUUGAUUUGUUCUGCUUUCAUCAAGCUCUAUUUUUCACUGUUAAGUACUUGAAGGUACUGUUGUGUGGGUAAGGGGUGAAACAGAAGUAUAUGGGCAAGAGAAUUUAAUAAUAUUUUUGACCAAAAGGAGACUGAAUAUAGUUUGGUUUUAUUUCGUAUUCUGAACUAUUCCGAUUCUGAUACUCCUAAAAAAUGUGUAGGGCAUUGGGUAGUAUUUUACACAUUUAAUCUUCUUUAACAUCACUGUGCAAUAAGUAAUUCCAAUGUGUAUUUGUCACUUCAUUAUUAUUUUUUUUUUCCCCAAAGGAUUACUGUUCCACUCGUACUGUGAGCUGAUAGGAGUAAGACUAUGACAAGCCCAAAAAGAAGACAGAUUUUCAGUGAGGCCAUAAUAAUGAAAUCUAUUUGAUUGUGCCUUUUUCUUUUGUAAUGGCUUUUCCCCUACAUCUACUGUAUUCAUG